AUGUUCACCGUACAGGUGGGUCCUCUAGAGAGAGAGCUGUGGGAGGCGGAGGGCGAAGAAGUCGGUCAGUCCAGCGGGUAUGGAGUCUUUCACUCCUCCGUCACUACAGCGGACACUGCGUCCACUGCUGCUCCCGCUCCCACCGCGGCUGCUGGAGACGCUGCUGCAGGGACCGCCACCCCUGAGACCGACACUGGCACAGACUUUGGGCUGCUGGGAAGUUACACAAAAGAUGAGACAGAGGAGGAAGAGACAGAGAGGGAGGAGGCGGAGGAAGAAACGGGUCUGGCACACAAAGGCGAAUUUACCCAGAAUCCCACUGUGGCAGAGGUUGGCGUGGCUCCCAGCAGAGAGCCCCUGCAGCCCAGCGUGGAGGAAGAGGAGGAGCUGGAGGAGGAACAACAUGAGUUAGAGGGGGGCAGACUGCAGGACACGAGUGAAGAGGAGGAGGAGAAAUGGAGAAAGAUGGAGGACGAAGAGGGAAAAAGAGUCAAGCUAAUCGUCCCGCUCACCACUGACCCCUCCCCCACCAUCGACUUCUCCGACCUGUCCUGGGAUCGGCUGGAGAAGACCACGCCCCUGCAGAUCCAGGGGUCAGAGGUCAGGGGAGGCGGGGUCACAAAGUUCUCCUUACCGGAGGGGGAUAUCAGGGAGAUGAAGAAGUCACAGGUGGUGUGUGUCGACUGGAGCGAACUGGCCGGACGUGGAUAUGUCAUCCUCUACAUGACGCAAAACUUGAACUGUGAGGAUUUUCGUGUGGACGAGGGUGUGCGGCUGUUGAAGAUCAUGGAGGAGGUGUUUGCUCGAAGAAUGAACAGCCCUGAGGGAUCGUGGGUACUUUACCUGAGCAAGCCGACACACCAGCAACACCAGCUGAUGUUGAACGUGGCGUCUGAGCACGGUGUGAUCGAUGCCAAAGAUGUGAUGAGCAUGCUGGGAGAGAUCAGGAAGAGUUUAAAUGAGGUGGGUAUCCAGGACUACAGUGCAGCCAGCAGCUGCAAGUCUCGUCCCAGUCAAACACGCAGCGACUACGGCAAGCUGUUUGUGGUUCUGGUGAUCAUCGGCUCCGUCUGCAUGGUCAUCAUCACGUCUGGAUUCAUUUACAUCUGCUGGCAAAGACGACUGCCUGCAACCAAGACGACGUUCCGCGCUGAGGAACUUCACUUUGUGGAGAACGGUUGCCACGACAACCCCAUGCUGGACGUGACCAAUGACAAGCCUGAGAUGCAGGAGAAGAAGCCAACGACCAAUGGGCUUGCAGGAGGAGGAGAAGGAGGCGGGGAGGAGAGCAGUCGCUGGCAGGUGUUUGUCAAUCAGGCAGCGACUGAGGAGGAAGAAGAGGAGCAGGACACACAUCUCUGAUGGACGAAGGGGAAGAGGAGACAGGUUGUGAUGGACAGAUGAUAAGUGGUGCCUAGAGGGAAUAAAAAGGCGGUAGAGAAAACUGAAGAGAAAAGAGGAGAAAGAGGGGAACAAAUAGAGGGGAGAGAGAGGAAGAAGUUGAUGGGAGUUAAAAGCCUGAAUUAGAUGUUCUCAAGUCAGGAGAUUAGGAGGAGGUCAGCAGGAGGAGUCACCGACAUCUUCAUGGAUAUCAGACAUUUUAUAUUCAAAUUUGAAUUAAUGGAAAUACAGUAAAUAUCUCUUAAAUAUGUCCUCCUUUUGAAAGAAAGUUGGACUACUGAUUUGGAAAUCUUCAAAUCCCUGCUUGAUGUAAGAUAACGUCAUUAUCUGUUUAGCGUGCCUUAUGCUUUUAACUUUUUGCACCUUGCCGUGACAAACAAAACAUAAAACUAGUGACAAAAAUCGUUCAGUAAAGCACCUUUUUCCACCUUUAACGUUUGAAUGUAAAGGUGAAUGCUGAAAUCCUAGAAAAAUCCUAGAAAAAUCCUAAAAUCUGAGAAAC